AUGAAUCGAGCUGAGCUACUCAAACAAGAAGGGAAUAAAGCAUACACCAAUCAUGAAUAUAGGAAGGCUGCAAAAUUUUACCGCGAUGCAAUACAAAUAGAUACGUGUAAUCCCGUAUUGUACGCAAAUCGGUCGCAAUGUUUCUUACAACUAGGCGAUUACGAGAGGGCCCUCAAGGAUACAGACAAUGGAUUGAAGUUUGAAGGAUCAAGCAAAAUUGCGGUGAAGCUCCACUACCGGCGUGCCAACGCUCUUUUGGGACUUGGUAGGACUCAGGGCGCAAAAGAGGCGCUUCAAAAAGUUCUUGACUUGGAUCCCCAAAACCACAGCACCCAUGAUCAGCUCGCCAAAUUGGGGGCCAAACGAAUCACAAAUGGCGUGUCUAAGAAUGACGACGAAAACCAAAGUUCGAAUCCAAAUCGGUUGGAUGCUUUGGGGGCCAAACGAAUCACAAAUGGCGUGUCUAAGAAUGACGACGAAAACCAAAGUUCGAAUCCAAAUCGGUUGGAUGCUUUGGGCCCGCCUACGGCUGCUCUGCCCAUGCGUUAUCUCACGGCGUUGAGGUAUAUGAGUGAUGACAAGAAAAUAGGUGGAUACAAAUUUGUUUUGAAUCUUGACGAAACCUCCUACGUUGAGCUUUUCAAGGACUCUGGAAUAGACAAAGAAUUCUUAGAGUUCUACUUGUGUGCUGCUCGUUAUGCGUUGGACAAUGACCACUUCAUACAAGACCCCGAAUGUGUGAUCUGUAAUCGUUUGCAGUCAUUUGCAAAGUUUAAGCACUACAACUUGGUAGAGAAUGAAUGUGACACUGCCGUAAAAGAGCAGAUUUUGCAAAUUGUGGAGCAUAAAUAUCCACUGAUGUUGGAUCAAUUUAGGCAAUAUAUUAUCUAG